CAAGAUGCAGUUACCGCCGACCUCAGUUCUGGUCAACUGGCCAACACCGAACUACGAACACCCCAAAACACAAGGACUCCCACUCGUCAUUGUCAAUGUCAUCUUCAUGACGCUGAUCAGCUUGGCUGUGCCUCUGCGUCUCUACGGUCGAUUCAGAAAUAAAGGGCGCUUGGGGUGGGACGACUUCAACAUGGCAAUCGCAUAUGUCUUUGGUCUUGCCCUUGGCAUUGUUGUUAUUCUCGCCAACGUUCGAUACCAGUGGAACCGCCAUCUAUGGGAUGUCGAGUUCACCAUGUUCCAAUCCGCUUCCAUCGUAGCCUUUCUUUCCAAGCUUUUGUUCACACUCGCCGCUACAUUCGCUCGCGCAUCUCUCAUUUGUUUCUACUUCCGCCUCAUCAAAGAUACUGGUUACAGUCUAUUUAAAUGGGUUCUCUGGGCAACAUUUGCAUACAACGUUGCCAUCGGCGUUGCUUUUGUUAUUCUUGCAGUCUUCCUCUGCACACCAGUUGAAGCAUACUGGGUGUUCCCUGUGAUGAAGAAUGCCAGAUGUCUGGACGAAGGUCCGGUAACCCUAGUUGCCGGAGUGCUCAACUGUAUCUCGGACCUCUUGGUCACUCUGCUACCUAUCCCUAUCAUCAUGGGACUCAACAUGCCCUUGAGGCAAAGAAUCGGAGUCUCGAUCUUGCUUUCUUUGGGACUUGUCGUCACAGUCGCUGGCGUUGUACGCACUUACUACAUCUGGAGAACUCUUAUGGACACUUACGACGAAACUUGGGACUCAAUGCCUUUGUACAUCUGCGCCACAGUUGAGAUCGAUUUGGCCAUUCUCUGCGGAUGUGCACCAGCACUCAAGCCUCUUUUCGCCCCAAUGAUGCAUCACGUCACUGAGAUGAUCAGUACUGUUACUGGCAGCGGCAGCCAUGGUACCAAGCUACAGGACACAACCAUUACCCGAUCCACCGUCAUCUCCCAGCAAAAUCGCAAGAAGUCUACCCGAGACGAAGGUGACAAGAUCCCAAUGCACUUCGUCACUGUUGAUGGACGUGCAAGCGAUGACAGCGAAUCCGAGUCAAGCGACCACUAUCCUGCCACUAGCAUACCUGCAUCAAACUCCUCAACACCAGCACGAGGACCCAACAGAUCAUGUUCUCGGGCUUCAAGCCAGCGAACCAUGCUAGCCAAUCGCGAUGGCCACGGCGCAUCAAGCUGGGACAUCGAAGAAGGCUCCGAAGGCGAAGACCACGUCCCUGAAAUCCAAGUGAUGCCUCGCCGACAAGGCUCAGACCCCGAUGUCGAAAAGGGCGAUUACAACACAGACUGGCGUGUGAGCAAAGGCGUCAAAGCUGGUUGGAUUUGAUAUCCAAC